AACUGAUAAAAAUGCUCGGUCGAGUGCAAUCUGUAGCCUUGAUUAUAGAUGCACCACGGUCUCAAUUAACUACUUGCUAAUUUAAUAACGUGUGACACUUGGCCUCAGUUCAUUCUCUACGUUAACGGUUCGCUACCCUGCAUCCACCUGCCUCGCUACACUAAUGACUGAAAUUCCUGGCAGGGUGUCUGGUGCUCACCCUUCACCUACCAAAACCGUAGUGGUUUAUCGAAACGGCGAUGCUUUUUAUCCUGGGAGAAGGAUUGUUAUCAAUCCGCGCCAGGUGUCAUCGUUUGAUAGUUUUCUGAAUAAUGUAACUAGGGGAGUGGAAGCCUAUUUUGGAGCCGUGAGGAACAUCUACACGCCUCGACAAGGACACAGAAUACUGAGUUUGGAGAUUUUGCAGCACGGUGAAAAAUACGUCGCUGCUGGCACAGAACGCUUCAAAAAACUUGAUUACUUUAACAUCACCACAGUAAAACCCCAGCGGAAGAAGAGCGAAGUUAUAAAGCCAGUGGUCCAUAGCAGAAUAGUUGUUCCAGCUAGAUGGGGGAAGACUCUGCAUGAGUCAUGCACUAUCAAUGUUUUUACCAAUGGAAACUACUUCGUUCCUCCAGUUCGGCUCCUGAUUCCAAAAUACUCUCUGAAAAACUGGGAGAUAGUUCUGGCUAUGAUAACAGAGAAAGUGCGUCUUCGCACUGGAGCCGUGCGUAGAUUGUGCACAUUAGAUGGGACCCCAUUAUCCAGCUCAGUGGAGCUGGAGAACAACCAUUACUAUGUAGCGACAGGGAUGGAGCGGUUCAGACUGCUGCCGUACUUCCACUGGGUCCAGAGGAAGGGCAUCUUUCAGGAAUGUAGCCUGGGAGUCCAUCUCGAUUAUGCUUCGCAUGUGAUAAGGAAUGAAAAGCAUAAGAGACAUUUGUUUACAGAUCACAGACUCAAGGCAGACUCUCUGUUCUACGCCAAGCCUGAGAGAGCCAAGCAACAGAAGCAUGUCUCUCAAACCCCUCUCUUCUCAUCAUGGGAGGGCAGUGUGUUCAGAGCCAAAGCCAGGAGGAGGGAGACCGCAGGUGCCGCAGAGAUACCAGAGGACGAGCAAAUCAAAGUGGACCUGCCAGUCGAUCAGGUUGAAGCGAAGGUCGUGGAGGAGGAACAGUGUGACGCCUCACACAGCUCCGGCAGGGCCUCCUCGGUCCGCUUCAGGAAGCAGCCUGUGGAGUUGGGCCGAGUCACGAGAACCCCAGCCCAGCAGAUUCCCCAGAGGGACCCUGCUAAGACCAAGGCUGUACUUGGAUGCUAUGUAGAGAUCCACUCCGAGCCCCGGCUGUCUCCCACCUCAGAAGAUGCUGAGAUGCAGCAGCACACUCCCCUGCUCUGGGUAGGUAGGAGGAAACAGACGCUCCCUUCCCACCGUGACGCAGAUCCAUCUUCCAGCCAGUGGGAGAGCGACGAGACGGUAUCAACCAACAGCUGA